GACAAAAGCCCAGACCUCUUGAUGGCCUGCUUGUACGGCACCUCUGGUUGCGCACCGAAUUCCUCUGUACCGAGCUUAUCGAAACGCACCGCAUUUAUCAUCAAUGUGCCUAUUCUCUUCUCCAAGUCGCCAUUCUAAACACACCUUUACUCCAUUGCCGGCGUUAAUCAUCGUUUGCUUCGGCGAUUCUAGCAAUGGCAUCGAUCUCUUAUGGUCGGUGAUACGACGACGUCGAGAGAUGAUGGAGAUGAGAAGAAAGUGUAGGAUUUGGUGGCCAAAGCAGCUCUCACUGAGCGAAUCAUCGUCACCGUCCCCCAAAUCGUUCUUGUUCGGCUGGUUUCUAUCAUCCUCUCCUAUUUCCCUCGACGUUGUUGUAGCUUUUGCCUGCAGUGAAGCUUUGUUUUCUGUCUUUGAGUCCGGCCUCGAGGGAAUCCUUGAUGAAACAAAUGGGAAAUUGCCGGUGUCCCUACAGGAAAAAUCGAUCUUCUCUGUACUGGGACAUUGUUCCACAGAUGCUAGUAGUAAUGGUCAACUGCCAAGGGGAGGAAUAGAAGACGAUGAUGAAAUUAAGUCCUCCACUUGUGGAAAUGAUAAUGAGGUAUAUACUAAGGAUACUUUUAAAAAGAAUUGUGGACGACGGAGAUGCGGUUGCCACACACUUGAUGGGUUAUCGGAACAAUAUAGGCAGGUAUCUAUAAGAAACGGGUAUUGGAUUCAGCUUGUCUGUGAUACUUGCCAACGGCUUGGAAUUGAUGCUUUUCAGAUUCCCAAAUUGCAACAUGUCCACUGGAAUGGAGAGAUAGUGUCUCAAUGUGAUGUUCACCUUAUAUUUUAUGAGAGUCCCACAUAUGGUUCUCACCAUUUCUCAUUAGAUGUUCACGAUUCAUUUGAGCAAAUGAAAGCUCCUCUCAAAAAACCCAAGUGGGUUGAUGAGCUUCACCAAAAACAGCCAAAUUUUGACAUGGACACGGUCAUUCUGGCGAUCAACAGUGCCACUGCUGCUAGGAUUUAUUUUGCAAGACAUGAAGUUUCUAAGAGAUCUUUUUUCUGGUUUCUUCCCUUCAUAUGCAAUCUGUUUGCCAUGUCUAUGGCUUCAUUUUCCACUCUUUUCUAUAUCCUUCUUCAGCUUCAUUACAGAUUAAUGGGUUAUGCAUCCAACUCAUGGAUAUAUGUUACAUCAGCCAAGGUUUUCAACAAUACAAAGAUAAAUGUUCAAAUCCGCUGUUCUCAGAUAUUAUAUUGGCCAAUCUUCCUUCAAGAGAAUGGCAUCAGGUCUCUAUCCUGUGUGAAAUAUGCGGAGGAAGCUGCGUUGCAUAAACAUUCCAUGUGGUCAAGUUUAGUUGCUGAUGUACUUCUGGGAAACUUGAUUGGUUUGGCACUGUUGUAUCAUGCAGAACCUGUUUGCAUAUGGAUUCUAAACUUUGCUGAUGAUAUUACGAACAACUUAUUGCGCUCGGGUUGUGUUUGGUUAAUGGGGGUGCCAGCUGGUUUCAAGUUAAACACAGAAUUGGCCGAAGUUCUUGGCAUGAUUUCUCUCAAUGCAAUCCAGAUUUGGUCGACCCUUUGGAUUUUUGUGGGUUCCCAUCUCACCUUUUUCAUUAAAGGUCUUGCUAUUUUGGGAAUCAUUUUCGGGGUUACUGUACCAGCUGCUUUGACAAUAGAUUUGAUUACUCUAGCUACAUUACACGUGUCUACUAUUCAUUGGUUGAUCUCACUUUUAUAUUCAACCCAGAUACAAACACUAGCAUCUCUGUGGCGUCUUUUCAGAGGUCGAAAGUGGAAUCCUCUUCGCCAGAGGUUGGAUAGCUAUGACUACACUGUGAAGCAGCACAUUGUCGGAUCUCUUUUGUUCACACCGCUGUUACUUCUAUUACCAACAACUUCUGUUUUCUAUAUCUUCUUUAGCAUAGUGGAUUCAAUGAUCAGCUUUAUUUGUAUUCUGAUUGAAGUCACUAUUUCCAUUGUCCAUGCCACACCAUAUAUCAAAAUUUUGCUGUGGCUGGUCAGACCAAGAAGAUUUCCCUCUGGCAUUUGGUUCGAAAUUAUGUAUUGUCAGGGUGGGACCAUUGAUUCUUCCGAGGAUGUUAAGCCCCCAUAUCAGAAUUUGCAGGGAAAGGACAUGAGCAGUGAAAAUUCUUCGCUUAUGUUUUCAUUUCUCCACAGCAACUUCUUGAGUAUAGGACAAAUAGUGUUGCCUCGCUAUAAGAAUGUAUUUUCUGGAGUAUCUGGAUCAUUUAUUGCUGCUUCAGCUUAUGGAGUCCUCACUGGAAGAAGAAUGGAAUCUACCGUGGUGACUGGUCUGCCUCCACCCUUGCCAUGGAUGUUUAUCCCAUACAGAGACUAUUGGUACCUCUGCCGUGAUUCAAUUGUUACAUGCUUUAGAACUUGAUUCUUGUAAUUUAGUUACAGUCCAUUGAUUCGUAUAGGAUUUUUUUAGCCAUACAGUUUUGAAGGCUUGUUCUAGGCAUGAAGUUUUGUAGAUAGUAUUGAUUCUUACUGUGUAAUUUUCUUGAAGACGGAUUCGUUAAUAGAAAAUUGAAGACGUUAAUUGUUUCAUUUA